CUGCGGCAGGAGUACGGCGCGUGCGCAGGCGCGGGAGUGCGUUUGCGUUCCCGCUCCUGCGGCCAUUCCCGUUCACCCAGAACGUUGGGGGCGGGAGCCCAGUUCUGAGAGCAGGUCCUGAGCACGCAGAGCCGCGCGCUAUGAGCGCCCCGGGCCUCUUCCGUUUUCCUAGCCCGCUGACCAGGGUGUGCGUGGCGCCCUGGGGACUCCGGCUCUGCGAGAAGCCGCAACUCUUAUGCCCUGGACCAGCGGUCGCUCCGGUCCAGGCGGCGGGCAAGAAGCACCACCCUGCUCUGCUCUCCCUGGAUGAGAGUGAACUCGAAGAGCAGUUUGUAAAAGGACAUGGGCCAGGGGGCCAGGCAACCAACAAAACAAGCAACUGCGUGGUGCUCAGGCACGUCCCCUCGGGCAUCGUCGUCAAGUGCCACCAGACUAGAUCCGUCGAUCAAAACAGAAAGCUAGCUCGGAGAAUCCUGCAAGAGAAAGUGGAUGUUUUCUACAACGGUGAAAACAGUCCUGUUUACAAAGAAAAACGAGAGGCAGAGAAGAGAAAGCAAGAAAGGAAAAAAAGAGCAAAGGAGACGCUGGAGAAAAAGAAACUCCUGAAAGAACAAUGGGAAUCAGGUAAAAAUGUGCCCAGAGAAAGGACUGCAGAUUCUGACUGAAAGAACCUGCCGGAUGGGACUUCCCUGGUGGCGCAGUGGUUAAGAAUCCACCUGCCGGUGCAGGGGACACAGGUUCGAGCCCUGGUCUGGGAUGAUCCCACAUGCCGCAGAGCAACUAAGUCCGUGCGCCACAACUACUGAGCCUGCGCUCUAGAGCCCACGAGCCACAACUACUGAAGCCUGCACACCUAGAGCCCGUGAUCCGCAACAAGAGAAGCCACCGCAGUGAGAAGCGUGCACACUGCAACAAAGAGGAGCCCCCGCUCGCCGCAACUAGAGAAAGCCCGUGCACAGCAACGAAGACCCAACGCAGCCAAAAAUUGACUAAUUAAUUUUAAAAAAAGAACCUGCCGGAUGCCUCCAGGGAUGGCGUGAGCUCCACCACCAGCGCAGCUGUGACGGGCUCCAGAGACAGCAGAGUUUCUAAACAGCAGACAAACUGUAGUGAAUAGCAGUGCACACUUUGAGAAUAAAACUGUAAAAAGAAACAGGAGGAAGUCAUUACUGUAGAAGGACAAGGGCACUUUUGGUGGGGGAGGAAAGGCUGUCAUUGUGACGCGGGGCUUGGAGGGGCUUCUGGGCGGCUCACAGAGUUCUAUUUCUUGACCUGGAUGGUAGGUAGAAGUAUGUCACCUUUCAAGCUAUACAUUUGUGUGACUGUAUCUUGUUUCGUUAUCAGAGGUUAGAAAUGAAAGUUGCUUUUUUUUCUGGCUGCACCAAGAGGCUCGUGGGAACUUAGUUCCCCGACCAGGGAUUGAACCUGGGCCCCGGCAGUGAGAGUGCAGAGGCCUAACCACUGGACCGCCAGGGAAUUCCCAAAUGAAACUAUUUUCUGAAAAAAAGCAUUAAUGUUAAUAAUGGACUUUUUAUGGAAAACUGUAGAAUUGAGUCAAACAAUAGCAUUUAGUGCCUCCUUGUCACCUGCUGGAAGGUCAUUGCUCAGUGAUACAUAGAUGUCAUUAAGAGAACACAAGAAAACAAGAUGGGGAAAGACUUACAAGUUAGUAAGUUACUUGCUCAUUUACCCCAUUAGCUUAAUGGACUUUACGUUGACAAGUCACCUCUCUGAUGUGGAAAUACACAUGCCAUUCUGUGUGUGCUGAUUUACAAGUAGUAGGUUUAUAAAAGAGGAGGUUUCAGAAGCUUGGGUUUGUGAAUUUGCUUGAUACCAUCCUGCAAGCUGGAUCUGACCUUACAAAUUGUUUGGGGGUUUUUAGGCAUGGUUUGUUAGAACCCAUGUGGAAGUUUAUGCAUAAAACUAGUAGGGAAACAAACCAUGAGGUGAGAAGGCCACCGUCAAACACAGGGUCUGCCUCA